CAGAGGCGGCGGCGGGAGGGCAGAGUGCCGGGCGGCUGCCGGCAGCGGCUGCCGAGCUCCCCAGCCCCCGCCUCCCGGCGGCGCCGCGCGGCCCGCGGGCGCCAUGGCCGGCGAGAUCGAGGAUCUGAGCGGCCGGGAGGCGCAGACGGUCUGCGAGGCCCUGGGGCGCUACGAGGACACGCUGCGGGGCGCCGUGCGGGAGAUCCAUACGGACAUGCAGGUGUUCAAGCAGGGGGUCGGCCGACAGGUGGACGAGGUGCUGCGCCUCGCCAGCCCCCUGGCACACACCGUCUCGGAGCUGCAGCAGGAGAACCGGCGCCUGCGGGCGCAGCUGGAGCGCCUGGCUCGGCAGGUGGAAGCCCUCGGCCGGUCAGCGGGGCUGCCGCAGGAGUGGGCGGACGAGGCGGCGGGGAGCGCCCCGGCCGCGGACCCCGGCCUGCGGGGGCAGGGUUCGGCCGCUGGCACGUUCUCUAGCCAUGCUAAGCUAGCGGUCACUGGCCGGAGCCAUAGUGUAGACCUGGAUGACCACCACAAACCUGAGUUUAGAAGAGUUUUUAGUUCUUCCAUCAUUGAAAAUGGGCAUCAGUCUUCAUCAGAUCAGGAAAAAGUUUCCCAUGAACUGACCUCUUCUUACAUGCCAGAUUCUUCCCCUGAAGCCCAUGCCCCCGCAGUCACCUUACAGAUGCCCCACCUUCCUGUUACUGCAGUAACCAGGAUUUCUGAGAAGUUUUCAGGGGAGACCAUUUAUUCUACAGGAACAACUAAUACCCCUGCUGGCCUGCUGGGACAGAGUAAGAGCAAAAAUGCGAUGGCAGUGAAAACUUCUGACCAGUCAGUGAGAGCCUGGAAUUCCAGUAUGGUGAGAACAAUGGAUUCAUCUGCCACUGGAGAGAAUACCACUUCUGUCACUAAGUGUGUCUCAACUGAGAGCUAUGGGAAGAGCAGUGGAACCAAAACUAGUGAAAGUGCCACUGACAGUUACUGUGAGGUGACCACCAGCUCUCACUCCUCUCCUCCCACUGUACACCGCCAAGUUGAAAGAAGACGAGAACUGGUGCGUUCCCAGACGCUCCCACGGAUCACGGGAACACAGGCCAGGAAAGCGCUUUUCGAGAAAUUUGAACACGAUGGUGCAAAAGGAAAAGGAGAAGCCAGAGCUAAGCUGAAGAGGUCGCAGAGUUUUGGGGUUGCCAGCGCUAGCAGCAUUAAACAAAUUCUGUUAGACUGGUGUCGCUCAAAAACCAUAGGAUACAAGCACGUUGAUCUCCAGAAUUUCUCCUCAAGCUGGAAUGAUGGGAUGGCAUUCUGUGCUCUUGUGCACUCUUUCUUUCCUGAAGCUUUUGAUUAUAAUAAGCUUGACCCAGCUAAUUGCAAACAGAACUUUGAGUUGGCUUUCACCAUGGCUGAGAAAAUGGCUCACUGUGAUCGUUUGAUAGAAGUGGAUGACAUGAUGAUGAUGGGUCACAAGCCAGAUCCCAUGUGUGUCUUCACCUAUGUCCAGUCUCUAUACAAUCAUCUACGACACUUUGAAUAAAGCCAUUGACACCUCUCCAGCCAGAAGAGUCAAGUAGAGUAUGCUAAUACAAAGAGUGACAUUUUGCAAAUGGAACACAGUGUUAUUUCUUGCUUUUUACUGUCAGUUUGCUUACAUUCAACUGCAUGGCUAACUGAAGUGUUGCUGAGCAGCGCCCUGAAGUGUUGAACACAUCAGCAUGUUAAUAAUAUAGAAAUAUGUUUGGAAAAAAAAAAGAACAAAAAAAAUAGGGAAAGGCAAAUGCUGUCAUUUUGGUGCUAGUAGUAGAUUGGACUUUGAAUAUUCCUGUGUUUAAAGAUCACAGGAAGCUAAUUUGCUGCUCCUAUCUCUGUGAGGCUGAGGACAGUUUUAUGCAGUGAGACACAACUCUGCUAUGAAGGUGUUCCCUCUUAAAAUGCAGGUCAAACUCCAGAAGAUAGCACCUUCAGUUUCAGUUCUCUGUUGAGCACAGCACAAAAGAAAUAGCAGAGGGACAAGGAGAAUUCUGUUUCAGCAGUAACAACCUGAAGUCCUCAACCAUUAGGGCAAUAUUGCUUCUCUGCCAACCCUGCCCCACCACUCCAGCGUACAUGCACACACACACACACAGAUCAAACAGGUAUUGUUCUGUUCUCUUAAAGCAGACAGAGAACACAGCUUCUUAGCUGCUGGCCGGGGUGACAGAUAACUACCACAUUACACAACCACAUUUGUCUGGAAUGGUCAAAUCUGAAGUGAUUUGCUUAGAGGCGUGCUAAAGCCUCUACUGGCAGGCCUGGAUUAGUAUCUUGAUCAUGAAGAACAGCAACAGCUGGGGCUUUUCAGCGUAUGAGGCUGAGUGUUUCCAUGUCUUAGGAGUAUAGGAGAGGGGGGAGCUAGCAAGGUACAAAGUCCUCUGAACAGUUGUAAGAGAAGCAGGACUGUAGCGUGCUUUGACCUGAACUCUGGGGGAGAGCAACUCUCCAGUGUGGACAGGAAUGAAGUCUUCAUAACUUGCUUGGUCCUCACACUGACUCUGAGGUGGUCAGGAAAUAUGCCAAAGAAGUAUUAGAGAUGAGGGAGUUUUGGAAUACCUUGGACUGUUCUCAGUCAAGUUAGUGUGAAAACCACAAUACAGUGGGUUUACUCCAGGUUUACUGGAGAAGAACAUCAUGUGUCACCCUUUCUGGUUUUCUCUCUGAUAAAUCAACAGAGCUUUGUUUUUAGAGUGAAUGGUAAAAACAAAACCAUUUUAAAAGGCAUACUUUAAAAAAAGAAGCAUUUUUAAAUUAUUUCUUCCCGAAGAACAGGCUCAUAGAAAGUAAAAACUGAAAGCCAUGAGGCCUCUGCCCAUGCUAGAGAAUGUUUUUUUAAUCUGCAUUUGUGCUUUUUGUAGAUAUUUAUAACAAUUACUUUGGUUCUGUAUUGAUGACCAUUUAUAAUAAAAUAUGUCAAACGCUCUUCAGAUUUACUGCUUCUCUUUAGAGUGAAGUGACAGAUAACAAAGUAAAGUCAAUUAAAAGAAUCCAGAGCUUCUGCUUAGAUCUGUAUUCUAGUCGUGAUGUGUGCUCUGAAUUUCAGUUUAAAAAGACACAGAAGUUCAGUGGCAUUUGGAAUAGUUCAGCUUCAUUUUCUAGUGAAGUUUACUUGAGAAACCAUGAAUGAAACCACUACUUUGUUAGCAGGCUCAGAAAAACAGAACAAAACAAAAACAUAAAAACACAAAACCAAAAGUGUACAAAGGUGAAGUCUAAGUUAACUGCUGAAGAUCUGGAUCAAGUUCUGUUUGAAGUGUUGCUAGGCUGUUGCUAUGACACUAUGGAAACAGUCUAGAAGACUUCUAAAUACACAUUGAAUGUAUUUAUCUGAAAGAUACUUGGUCAGAUUAGCAGGAUUCUCACAGCUUUAGUACAAGCAGACUGACCUUGGGUGGGCUGUUCGUGUAUGACUGCCACUGUCUUCAGUUUUUACUUUGUCUUGAAUUACCAUAGUUCUGAGGAGAAACUGUGCACCUCUUCCUCCCCCACGUGCACUGUAAGGAUAAAUACACUGUACAUGUGUUCUGGAGAUGUUAUUAGAAUAACCAUGAUGAGAAAUCUGUCUGCAACCGGCACACACGAUACACACCUUUACAUUCUUACAGCAGAAUACUUGAUAUUGACUAGCAGAGCCAAGUUCCAUCAUAGCUAGAGUGGUAAUACUGGCUUUAUACAUCACGUUCCUUCACAGUCCCAGGUCACAGAUGAUUUUCUUGUGUGAUGUAAGUGCUAAAGACAUGAUAAGUGCUUGGCCAAUUUAGACCUAGUAGCAAAUAAUUACAGUAAAGAAGUUUUCAACCGUAAUAUUAUUGCCAAUUCCCAAGAAGGAGUUUAUUUCCUUUCUAUAAUUUAGCUUGUUUUCACAGCUACCCAGAAUCUAUUUGUACAGGUUUUCAAAAGCCUUCUGAUUUCAGAGAGGUGAUGGUAAAGAUACCUGGUACGUGCCAGCAAACUGGCUGCAUGGAAGUAGAAGACUAUAAGCUGAUUUUUAACUGCUGGUGGUUCGUGUGUAAGAAGAUAAGGGAGAUGGUGCUAUGACAAUUUUAGAAAAACUGUGCAUUAAGAAGUCUGGCCUGUAUGCACAACCUUUAGACUAUUAGAUUGUAUGAUUAAACUGAAAUUAAAGUAUGUAGUGUGUGCCCCAA